AUGCCCGCCCCGACCACCGUGUCCGCUCUCCGUGAAUGCUCAAACGAAAAUAUCGUGCGCGCCAGAAACACGGUUCUUUUUAUGAAUAGAGAAAAUGAUGCGGUGGGCUCCGCCCUAACAAAAACUGCUGUCUGGAACACGCACAUCCACCAAUCCACCAACAUCAUACUGACCGGCCGUGGCAAAGGAGGCAAGGGUUUCGGUAAAGGAGGGGCGAAGCGCCAUCGGAAGGUGUUGCGCGACAACAUGCAGGGUAUCCCCAAACCCGCAAUCCGGCGGCUGGCUCGCCUUGGAUGGGGCAAGCGUAUCUCCGAGCUCAUCUACGAGGAAACCCGCGGUGUGCUCAAAGUGUUCCUCGAAAAUGUUAUCCGGCACGCUCUAACCUACACGGAGCACUCCAAGCACAAAACGGUCACUGCCAUGAAUGUCGUCUACGCACUGAAGUGCCAGGGUCGCACGCUGUAUCCAACGGCCCUAUUUGGGGCCACCAAAAACGUAUCCAAUAAGAAAGGGGGUUACUCGAAAGAGAUGAUGAGAAAGAUGUCAGCCUAA